CCAAAGACUUGAGAGUUUGAGUUGUUUCAAAAACCUUUUACUUCGGGUGGCUGCAGCACCCCUUUUUUGGCACCGUGGGAACCAAGGAUCCGUCCCCGCCCCCACUCUUAAAAGGGUUAAUAAACGUAGUCUAAACACUUUAUAGCCCUUUCUUAAUUUCCAAUAUCCUCUUGGAUUCCCUCCAACAAAAUGCCUGAACCACAUGGUCACCUCCACCGACACCACCUUCUCCUCCUCCUCUUCCUCCUCAUCACUGCCACCAAUUCUGCCCCUGCCUCCGCCACUACCACUAAUUAUCAAAUAUUCAAAGAAGCUCCACAGUUUUACAACUCUCCCGCUUGCCCUUCCUUGGACACCAAUGAAAUGUGCUCCCACCAAGCUGUCCAUGUUGCAAUGACCCUAGACGCUGCCUACUUACGUGGGUCAAUGGCUGCCAUUCUUUCCGUCCUCCAGCACUCUUCUUGCCCUCAAAACAUCCGCUUCCACUUCAUCCCCUCCUCCACAGCCAACCACCAACACCUCCGCCUCACUAUCUCCCGCUCUUUCCCUUCCCUCAAGUUCCAAAUCUACCCAUACGACUCCUCCAAGGUGUCGGGACUCAUUUCCACCUCCAUCCGCUCGGCGCUUGACUGCCCUCUAAACUAUGCCCGCAACUACCUCGCCAACCUUCUCCCACCGUGUCUCAGCCGAGUCGUUUACUUAGACUCAGACCUCGUCCUCGUCGACGACAUUUCUAAACUCGCCGCGACGCCGCUCGGAGACCGCUCGGUUUUAGCUGCACCGGAGUAUUGCAACGCCAACUUCACUUCCUACUUCACCCCAACCUUCUGGUCAAACCCAACGUUAUCUCUAACAUUUGCCGGACGCAAAGCCUGUUAUUUCAACACUGGGGUAAUGGUGAUAGAUUUGCAAAGAUGGCGACAAGGAGAUUACACUACCAAGAUUAUAGAAUGGAUGGAGCUUCAAAAGAGAAUGAGGAUCUAUGAGUUAGGGUCUUUGCCACCGUUUUUACUCGUCUUUGCAGGGAAUAUAGCUCCAGUUGAUCAUCGAUGGAACCAACAUGGCCUCGGAGGAGAUAACUAUAGAGGAUUGUGUAGAAAUUUACAUCCUGGUCCAGUUAGCUUACUGCAUUGGAGUGGGAAAGGGAAGCCAUGGGUGAGAUUAGAUGCAAACAGACCUUGUCCUUUGGAUGCUUUAUGGGCUCCGUAUGAUCUGCUGCAAACACCAUUUGCCUUGGAGUCCUAAAAUUUUGAUGGUGGCAAAUGUUGGGGGGGGGAGGUGUUCAAUGUUCAUAGAUUAUACAACAGAGCUUUAACAAUCUUACUACAUUAAUCUACUUUUUGUUUUCUUUUCCAUCUAUGUAAUUGAAAACAGUAUAUAUAACAACUACAGCUAUAGAUCAAGAAGAAUAAAUUGGUUUCAAA